UUAACUGAUUAAGAAGUCUGGUUGAGUUUUUCUUGGCAGAAGGUUUUAUCUCUAUCAACAAUAAUGAAAAAUAGAGCAGCAGUCACUCUUGCACGCUUUUAACACUCUGAUUUAUUGCUGCACAUUGAUCUCUGACUCUCUGUGGGAUUCAGAAAAUUACGUUCAAUAUUGUAUAUUGAUUGGCUUAACUGGGAGGAGAGGUCCAUCCUCUUGUUUUUAAAGCUGUGAAUACUGUACAAAUAUUUUUUUGUUUUUUGUUUUUUUGCUUUUUAGCAGCAUCAAUGCAGUAGAGGACCUGCUCUGAUGCUCAGUGAUGUAAGAGAAAGGAAGUCAAACACCUAACAUGGCUAAUCCAGCUCUGGAAACUAGAGACACAGCUUAACUGAAUCAGAAGAGAGGGAUCAGACACCUGAAGAGAGAGAGCGGAGAUGGGAUACUAAAAGGGGGUGUGUCAAGCACCAUGUGUGUGUGUCCAUGCGAAAAGUAGAGAGAUGGGUAUGCGUGUGUGUGUUAGAGAGAGAGAGAGAGAGAGAGAGAGAGAGAGAGCACUAAAACACACAGGCACGCGCAAGCACAGACAGAAUCAAAUCUUUCCGCAGCAGGACGGCAGGGUGAAGGAUUACUCCUAUUUAAGACUCUUCAUCCAUGCUUCCCGUGAACCUGCGCAAGAUGUGAAAGUCAAAUGGAGACAGCCUGGUGACAUUGUGAGGUGUAACAUCUUUAGAGGAGUGUCAGCAUGACCCCUCAGAGAGAAGCGUUACUGCUGGUCUUCAGUUUCUCACUGUGUUGUAGUUUGUAUGCUGUAUCUUUAAAUAGAAAUGAAAGAGCUUGGGCCAGCACUGACCCAGAACCAUCUAGCAGCUCACCGUGGACGUUCCUACUGAGACAAAUGGACAAGACUACUCCAGCCAUUCUCAGUUUAUCCCCAAAUGCACUACAUUCAGAGGUGACUAGCAGAGACCUUGAGGUAGACCUUUUAGCUGAACAAAACCCCUAUGUCACAAUGGAGGAUCAUUUGUCAAGACUUCCAGCCACAAGAACACCAUGGAUCAAAUCUUUGACUUCCACUGAGACUGAAAUUCCUUCAGACAUCCAGAACGAUGAAGAGGGACCUCAAACGGAAGCCUCUGAUUGGCCAAAUUUUAGUAAGCAAGGAAAUACUGACCAAUCAUUUAAAUCUUCUCAGGCCUGGAGUACAGAGUCAAAGACACCUAUUGCUUGGAAUACAGAGACAAAGACACCUCAGAUUAAUGCUGAAACAAGAUUUCGCAACUAUCAGACACUGUGGAAGUCAUCUAGUGCUACCCAAACACCAUAUGCCAGAGGAACCUUAGAUGGUACCACUUUGCCAAGAGGGCUGAUAGACUAUCUGUGGCCAUCUGAGGAAACAAAGGAUUUGACAGAUGCUUCUACAGAUAGUCUGACAGAGCUGACACUCAAUAUGACAAGAGCUGACCCUGAAAGAGAGGAGCGUGAGGGUCUUGACCAAAUGAAAAAGGAACAAAAUGGCCAAUUGACCACCACUGUGAUCAAGGUCACUGGAACCUAUUCUGAAGCAGGUGGUGACUGGCGUGAGUCUUCCACACUUCCGGACUGCAACCUGGUUGGUACUGGGAUCUGUCAGUCACCUGACUCUUCGAAGAAUCACGCUUCUACUAACAACACUCUGUCCACUCCACCUCCUGUUUAUGAAACCACACCCCCUGGUGUCAUAACCCCACCCCUCGAAGCCCUGACUCCGCCUCUGUUAGUCCCUCUACUGACUGACUGGAAUGCUGCCAUGGCCACAUGGGGCCUGGCAUGGGAAUUGCAGGUAUACGGGCUCGGCUGUGUGUUCUCGCUUGUGGCUGUGCUGUCUGUGCUCAGCCUGAUGUGUUUGCCAUUGCGCUGGCCCUCUGGUUGUGCCCACUUUAGCCUCCUCCACCUUCUCCAGCUACUGACAGGUUCAAGCCGGGCUCUGUGGCUCCUCUACGAUCCAUAUGGCCAAAAAGAGCGACUUCCCGUAGUCUGGGCACGACUGCUACACGAAGCUGCCUAUCCCUGUCUUACGGCAUCAUUUGGCCUGCUGCUGCUACUGCUAACUGCUCGCUCUUGUACCCAGCUACUUUCCCAGAACACCCUGCAGCGCAGCACCUGCCUGUUGGCCGCCCUAGUACUGCUGCACGUAGCGAUAGUGAUGGCUUCCAUGGCAAUACUGCAACUUUUUCCCACCCUGCAAGUUGUGCCUCUAAUACCGCCUGCAGCCUUUGUCUUGAUGUCCUCUCUCCUGUCAUUGACGUACCUGCUUCUCUACUGCUGCGCCCGGCCAGACGUCAAGCACAUUUACCGGCUGAACGAGAGCUCUCCUGAGCGGCCAUCGUGCCACGCCAGCAGGUGUCCAUUUCACAGAGGCACAGAUGUGGGAAAGGGCGGCCAGGGCUGGGGUGUUCUCUGCCCUCUUUCUCUUAGCAUGUGGCAGUCUACGACUCUAUGCCAUGCUCAACGCUGGAGGGCUGACCGGUGGGGUCAUGGUUGGCCUGAUGCCCUGGCCCUGGUGGGGAUUCCAGCUCAGCUGCCGAGUUUGUGAAACAGGGGUAUGUCUCACCCUCGCUCUUGUAAUCA